AUGGAUCAAGUCUCGCAAGACGCAGCUGGAAUGCUGUCUUGUCCGGACCCGAAAUGGCCGGCAAACCCUGCCGGACUCUUCGAUACUUUUGUCGUUGACGAAGCCCAUAUCAUACGCAAUGUGAGCUCAAGCACUAGCCAAACCGUCAUGUGGCUCAUGCCAAAGUUUUAUCUCCUUCCAACCGCCACCCCUUUUUACAACUCUGUGAACGAUUUCUUUACGCUGGUUCGCUUCAUUAGUCCUGUUAAGGACUAUUACAACAAGACACACCUGAGUGGGGAGACACUGCUGAGAGCGUUUGAUGAGGAACGAGACAAUGAUCUACUUGCCGAAUGGGAUUCCUUUUAG